UCAAAGAAAUAGUUGCUAACAAGAUGGAUGGAAAUAUUGAGAGAAAAUUCAAUGUCCAGACUAUGGAUGGAAGGAACCAAGAAUUUAAGACACCCUACAACAUUUCAAUACUUGAUUUAAGAAAGUUAAUCGAACAGAAAACAGGAGUUCCAGUGCAUAGACAGAGAUUACUUUGCAAGGGAAGGCUUUUAAAAGAUGAUAUGACUCUGAAUCAAGUGAUUCAGAAGGAUAAUGAAUGUAUACAGAUGAUGGCAAUGGCAGAAGAGGUAGCCAGAGCUAGAGUAGAAGCUCAGCAAAGGAUUAAUCAAAACCAGAGUAAUCAGGAGCAACCUCAAAAUCGAAAUAAUCAUUUAGGAAUAGUAGAAAAUAUUUUUGACAAUAUAAUAUCUAACCUUAGAGAUUCAGGAGCCCAAGGAUCACAACAUACUCGAUUUAGCAUUCAAGGUUUUGGAGUUCCUCAAAUUUUCGGAGGAAUUAUGAGUUCUCAAAAUCGCUCAAACUCAACUCAAAGAAAUUCUCGAACUUCAACAAAUCAAACUAAUGCUCAGUCCCAAAGAAGCAAUAGCCAGCUUCCUUCAAACACACGAGUAUCUCCUACUCCAGCCCAAUCAUCCCAAACACAAAAUCCUCGAAAUGAAGGGAGAGCAGAAGUAUUAUCAGGAUCUACUGAAGAGGCAAAAGAAAGCAGACAAAGAAACAGAGCAAGACCUACAGCAAUUGCUUUACCUCACGAGCACAUCCGUAAUAUCCAUACAAUUUGAGAUAGCUUGAUGGGAGAUGGAUCUACUUUUCCUAGUUCCCCUGCCCCAGCAUUGGAUGCUCCAAGAAACCCAGCAACAAUUCUUGGAAAUUAUCUGAUGUCUUUACAAUUAGCUAUUCAAAGACUUAAUGCAUUUAUCUGUAGAUCUGGAGAAAUUCUUCAAAGAGAAUCUCAAAUAGUGGCUCCAGGUGAAAGAACAGAUGGGCAAAGAUUAAUCAACCAAACUGGUCAAGCAAUGGAAGAUCUAUCACGAGCAUUGUUAUUGUCUUCACAUUAUUUCAAAGAUUUCUACCUUAACCCACGUCCUGGAAGAUAUAGAGUUAAUGCAACUCCUCACCAAGAUUUUGCAGAGAUGAAUAGUUCUUUUAUAGAUUCUCUGGCUGGAAGGGGAAGAACUAACACGACUACUGUGGGUGCUACACAAGAAAGAGAUCGUACUCAGAAUACCUCUUCUGGUAAUCAAAAUAAUUCUCAGACAAGCAAACCUGCUUCUGAAGCUCAAACGAAUCCAAAUUCUUCAAGGAGAAACCAGCCAAAUAGAACUUCAGGGAUUGCACAAAGUUCUGGUACUUCUAACUCUUCAAGAGUAUUCCCUCUAUCUGCUGCUAGUUCAGCUAGACUAUCUCAGCCAGGUGCUAAUAGAAGGACAAAUGCACAAAAUUCUGGCCUACCUUUCAGCUUUGGGGUGUCCCAGCCAGGACAGUCAACGCAAGAUCUAUUUAGUGGAUCAUUACAAGGGGUUACACUCUCUGGGUCAGGGAAUAAUUUGCGAUCGAUGGUAGAAGACCUAGCUAGUAGAUAUCAACAAAACCAAUCUCAAAGAUCUCAACCUCCAACUACUUCUAGAAGAAAUACUACAUCUAGAGCUAUUUCCCACACCAGAGAUGCUAAUAUGGAGGAUGAGGAGCAAAAGCAACAAACUUCAGUUGAUGUGGCAGGCCCUUUUGCUGAUCUGUUAAAAUAAUUCCAGUAUUGAUUUAAGAAGAACUAUUCGAGAUUAUCGGCAAAAUCUUCCAGGAAAUUUUUCGUUGGAUACUACCUUAAGAGAGUGUGCUUUCAAGAGUGAUUCGGCAAAUAUUCCAAAUAAUAUAGCAAUAAAUGUAGUUCUCGAUCAAACAGUUAACGAGAUGCUUCCAAUUUUAUCAGGAGAAUAUCAAAUAGUUGACAAACUUCAUCCUAAAAUGAAGGAAGUCUUACUCAGAGACUAUCUGAAUAACUCUGAUAACCCUGAAGCAAGAAAACUGGCUGCUGAUCAAAUCAACACAGAGAUUAUGGACUUCAUUGAUAUCCCAGACUCAGUAAGAGACAACAUUACUGGAAGAGAGGAUCCAAGGAACAUAAUUAGAGAGAACAACCCCAAACAUAUCCUCAAAUUGAUAAAAUUGGUCCUUGACCUUGACUGUACUCCAAAAAAUUCUGACUUCAGAGAUAGGUUCAUCAAGACAAUUAAAUGGUGGGCAGGAGACAUUAUAAAUAAGCUGAUUCCUCGUUUUAGACAUGGCGAGUCUGAUGUCAUCAAGUUCAUAAACAGCAAUGUCAAUGAUAAGAUCAGUAAACUUAAAAUCCUAGUAAUCAAUUUUGUGAGCGGGAUGCUCACAGGAGAAAUACUCAAAAUGUUUGCCUCCGCUUAUGUAUAUUACAAAAGCAUAAAAAGUAGAGAAGAUAAUGCUGAAGCAAGAGAGCUUGGAAUUACACUACAAGAACUGUACGAGAGAAGAAUGAAUAAUGUGUCUGAGUCACCUAUGGAAGUAGAUAAGCAAAAGCAAAAUAAAGAAGAGGAUAAAGAGGAAGCCAUAGGGCAAAAUAAACAAGAGAGAAGAGAUAUGAACCAGAAUGAAAAUGGAAAUCUCAAAAGCCAAGCUGUAAUGAAUCCAACCCCUGCUGAAUCGCUAAACACUUCUAAAGAAAAACCUGAACUUUCUCAAGUUAUUGAAGAAAAGGAUCCUGAUAUUAAAGCUUUGGUUGAAAGAAUGGAAGAAGAUCAAUCAAUGUUAGUCGUAAAUCCUCCUGAAACUAAACCUUUAAGUGUGGCUUAUCAAGCUACUGAUAGUUUUCAUCCCCAGAACAUCGAUACAAGUUCCCCAAUCACUGAGUGAGAAUCUCAUAAACAAGAUGCAAAAGAGAGCACUAAACAGUCCGAGAAGAAAUCGAAUAAAGAAAGUAAGCAUUUAGAGUGAGAUCCCUAAUUGAGAAGAAUACUGAUCUUUAUUGCCUAGAAGAGAUAUGUAACAAUAGUUCAGUAU